AUCGACCACUUGAGAGGUGCUGCAAUUAACUUUAUUUUAAAGAGACAUACAUUUCUUGCAUCCCCAUGCAACAAAAGUAUGUGAAAUCAAACGCGAUGGCUCGCCUUGUGUUGCUGCUGCUCUGGGUGCUCAGAGGUCCCGUUUUCUGUGCUGACUGCCCCAAGCUCUGCAGCUGCGGAACGGAUAAUCAGAUCAUUUGCCAGGACGGCAAAGUCGAUCAUGUUCCAAAUGACUUUCCCAGAGGCUUCAGCAAGCUGAUAUUUAAAUACACCAGUCUGCACAUCAUUCCAAGUGGAGCGUUCUUUGGACUCAACAACCUAACAAGCAUCUGGGUGUUACAGAAUGAUGCUUUGGAGAAUAUUGAAGAAAACACUUUUGCCAAUCUACCAAAACUUAAUGAAAUAAUAAUUGAUAAAGCCAAACUGCUUGUGCAUAUUGAUCAAGGAGCAUUUAGAAAUCUUCCACAGUUAAGAUACAUGACUAUUACAAACACUGGCAUUGGGUACUUCCCUGAUAUCACAAACAUACAUUCUGAAGAUUUUAUACUUCUUGAAUUCCGAGAUAAUGUAAACAUGCACAUCAUUCCAUCUAAUGCUUUCCAAGGAUUAAGCAGUGGGACAUUAAAUAUAAAGUUGAUUAAUAAUGACCUCACAGAAGUACAAGGUCAUGCAUUUAAUGGAACAGAUUUGGGUCAGCUCAAUCUCGCAGGUAAUCAAAAUCUGCAGAAUUUACAUGAUGAUGUCUUCGUGGGAGCAACAGGACCCACUGUUCUGGAUAUUUCCAGGACCAGCAUUAGUGUGCUUCCAACUCAUGGCUUGAAAUUUGUUAAGAAGCUCAUAGCUCAGUCCACUGCCAACUUAAAAAGGCUGCCAUCUCUGGACAACUUUGUCGAACUAAGAGAGGCCAGUAUGACAUAUCCAAGCCACUGCUGUGCAUUUCAAAAUGAAAAUGCCAAGAAGAAAAAUGAAAUACAGUGGUCUGCAGUUUGUAACAAGCUCUAUAACAACAUCAGCUCCCAAAAGGAAUCUGAGAAUAGUCGGCUGCUUUCAAAAAGAUCUUUGCAGAUGAACUCAACAUUUCCUCAAGAAUAUGCCUUCAUUGACAAUGAGGCAUGGUUUGACUUAAAUGACGAUGAACCUUCCUUUGACUAUGGUUUCUGCACAAAUGUGGAUGUGAUCUGUAAUCCAAAAGCUGAUGACUUCAAUCCCUGUGAAGACAUUGUGGGAAAAGACAUUCUAAGGGUCAUAAUUUGGCUAAUGAAUAUUCUCGCUAUUGUGGGGAACAUUGCUGUUCUCAUAGUCUUAUUAACCAGUCGCUAUAAACUUACAGUCCCGCGAUUUCUAAUGUGUAACUUGGCCUUUUCUGACUUUUGUAUGGGUCUCUAUUUGUUGCUGAUUGCUUCUGUGGAUAUCCGAACCAAAGGCCGCUACUAUAACUAUGCCAUAGACUGGCAGACUGGUGCGGGCUGUGCCUCUGCUGGGUUCUUCACCAUUUUUGCCAGUGAGCUCUCAGUGUAUACACUGACUGCGAUCACCCUAGAGAGGUGGCACACAAUAACUUAUGCCAUGCAGUUGGACAGAAAGCUUUGUCUGAGGCAUGCCAUUGUGAUCAUGAGUGGGGGUUGGAUAUUUUCAUUCACUGUUGCAGUGCUCCCUCUUAUUGGGAUCAGUAAUUAUCGAAAGGUGAGCAUCUGCCUCCCUAUGGACAUAAACUCCCCAGUCUCACAAGCUUACAUCAUUUUCAUUUUGAUAUUAAAUGUUAUUGCAUUUCUACUCAUUUGUUUCUGCUACAUUAAAAUCUACCUAACUGUUCGAAACCCCAACUUUAUUUCUACAAAUAGCGAUACAAAAAUCGCCAAACGUAUGGCUGUGCUAAUCUUUACAGAUUUCAUUUGCAUGUCACCAAUAUCUUUCUUUGCCAUUUCAGCAGCUCUGAAAGUUCCUUUUAUCACAGUGUCCAACUCCAAGAUCCUCCUGGUUCUGUUUUACCCAAUCAAUUCCUGUGCCAAUCCCUUCCUGUACGCCAUUUUCACAAAGACAUUUCGCCGAGAUUUCUAUAUUCUUUUAAGCAGGUUUGGCUGCUGUGAAAUGAAAGCUCAGCUUUACAGAACAGAAACAACAUCAUCCAUUCAUAAUUCCAAUGUAAGAAAUGGUGCUCUGGCCACAGCAUCUCAGUUUGGUCAAGGGAUGGCUUACACAGAGCUUCAGGUAGCUAAUCAUCGUCGGCUGCAAGAAGCUCAAUCUCAGUUCAUGAGAGUCCCAUCAAACAAUUAGGGGAAAACUACAUUAUUAUUUGACGGGAUGUGUGAUGAGAAUUUGUGUUGUGAACCCACAAAUAAUCCAGUCCCCGGAUGAUCUCCAGUACCUUCUUGAUAAAAUAUCAGAAUUUAUUAUCCAUACCGACGCACCAGGAACCCAAGCCUUAGGGUAACAACAUUUUAAUAUGUCUUUGCAACUGUGCUCUCACCACUAAAUUGUGGUGAAUGUUACAGGGAUGGACAGUGGUUGUACAAUGUGGGAUGAGCAUCAUUUACUGUAAAUGAAAGCUAUCAAUUUUUUUAAAAUAUUCCUAUGUGAUUUGAAUAACCUUCAGAGACUCUUUUGUCCAAACAGGUUAUUAAUAUCAUAAAUGCACUUGAGCUACUUUCUCAAUAUAUAAUUUGCUCAAGGUUUUACCAGGU